UACCACUUGACUAUGUUUAACUCAUGAACGAACAUCCUGUUAUUGUAAAUGUAGCGACUUGGUCCGCUGUAGAACAAUCAAGUGACAGAUGCAACAAGGAAGUCAAUACUUACAGACAGCGGAGAAUAUUUGUCAAAUUAAAAACAAAUGGCAUUUCUAUUUCUUUUAUAUAAUUUAGUGUUUUUAUAUUGUGCCAAAGGGUGUGAGAUCAGUUUCCUUCCACCAACAGAGAACCUGGUUCUGUCAUUAGGUCAGACAGUCUCAGUGCUGUGUGACGCUCAAUGUUACGGUCAGAGCAAAGUUGUGUCCAUGAGAUGGUCGUACACACAAUCUAAAGAAAGUCAAAAUGACAUCAAGUUCACCAGUGGAGUCAAUGUGACCUUCAACUGUGAUGUCAUGUUGACAGAUCUCUCCCAUCACACGAAAUCAUUGGAAGUGUUUUUUAAAGAUUUAAACUCAACGAAUUUAAAUCUAAAUGAAAUUAAAUACCCAGCAAAAGAGAGACAACCAAGAGCUUCACUUAUUUCCCCUGGAACUCUGUGUUCCUAUCGUGUUCCCUAUGAAACUUGUAUGCUAGAAUUGUUCCAGCCAUCGGGAGAGUCUGCUGACGACAUCUUUAUGUGUCAGAGAAGCUUUGAGCUCGAUCAAAAAGUGCCAAGCAGAGCAGAAUAUACCCCAAAGGGGAAUGUCAAUCAAGAUGGCACGUCAAAAAAGGAAAAACUUGAUGACACGGAGUAUAGUGCUGACGGAAUAUCAGAAGAAGAUGAUACAGAAUAUAGCGCUGACGGUACGACUCAAACGUAUAAAGAGGAUGAUGUCAUUUAUAGCGCUGAUGGAAUAGUGAGUAGGGAUAACAUAAGUGAAUAUACUGACCAGGAGAGGAUAAAUAGGGAUACAAAAGAUGAUACAGUAUAUAGUGCUGAUGGCAAGGUUAAAACGGAUAAAGAGGAUGAUACAGUAUAUAGUGCUGAUGGCAAGGUUAAAACGGUUAAAGAGGAUGAUACAGUAUAUAGUGAUGAUGGCAAGGUUAAAACGGAUAAAGAGGAUGAUACAGUAUAUAGUGCUGAUGGCAAGGUUAAAACGGAUAAAGAGGAUGAUACAGUAUAUAGUGCUGAUGGAAUGACCCAGGUUGCAAACAAGGACCUCGAAGAGUCGAGUGGUGAAAUAGUCAAUGAAGUAGAAAAUAGUGGACAAAGUUCUGAAGCUGUGACAGAUCGAAUGUUUUCGGGAGAUGUUACAACUAGUCUGUUAAAUGAUAAUGAUGACUCUCAUUCUGACUUUACUUUGGACAAUGUUAUUUCCAUUGACGAGACAUCAGAUGUUGAGGUUAUCGUUAAUAAAAGCUUGUUAUUCGAAGAGAGCAUGGGUAGUGGACUUAGCGGUCAUGGAGACGGUGAUACAGUCUAUAGUGCUGAUGGAAUGGCCUACGUGAACAACGAAGUUGAAUUUAUAAACGAUUCUAAUACUGUGGCAAUUAAGGACCUCGAACAGUCGAGUGGUGAAACAGUCGAUGAAGUUGAAACUAGUGGCCAUGGUUUCGAAGUUGUAACAGAUGGAAUAUAUUCGGGAGAGGUUACAUCUAGUCUGUCAAAUGAUAAUGAUGACUCUCAUUCUAACUUAACUUUGGGCAAUGUUAUUUCCAUUGACGAGACAUCAGAUGUUGAAGAUAUAGUUAGUAAAAGCUCGUUAUCUGAAGAAAGCAUGGGUAGUGGACUUAGCGGUCAAGGCUCAGGAGAUGAAGCUGGCAUUUUCACAAGCAUUUCUUCAUCAGGAGAUAACUCUGACCUACUAACUCGACCUUCAGAUAACCAGGGAUUUGAAAUAGAUGAUGUUUCUCUACAAUUCCCAGAAAAUUAUCAGCAUGUGAAUAUUGAAGAAAAACACUCUUCAAACAAAGGCUCUAAUUACACAGGAAACAUUUCCAAUAUUCUACUGAGACUUGCCAACAAUAUUAAUAAAGAAAAUGAAACGAAUAGGCACACACAUGAUAACUUACCAUCUAUCAAUAAAUUACCAGGCAUAAACUCAAACGUUGAGUCAAUACCACCGCGUCAUAAGAGGUCACAGUUUGGCGAAACAAACAUUUUGAUGUACCGUAGGAGACGAAAUAGUCAUUCUGAUGAUUCUGUUUCCUCCAACACAGUUUCAAAUUAUGGAACAUUAGUGACAAGCAACAAGAACUUGUUAAAUUCAACUAGCACUAUUGAGACUACUUCAGAGGAGACAAAAGAAUCAAAAUUUUCAUUAGCUUCAGCACUACCACCAUCAACACCACUAGCAUCAACACCAUCAGCAUCAACACCACCAGCAUCAACACCAUCAGCAUCAACACCACCAGCAUCAACCUCAACUGAAUCAAAGACGAAUACAUCUUCUGAAGAUAUUGCAAUAACUUCUUUAAAAACUCUUACGACAAAAGCGCCAGAAGACGCAACAUCCAAGACACUCAUAGAUGAGACUGUAAGUGCAUCAGAACAGAAGAACAGCGACUGUGAAACGGAGGGUUGUACAGACUGUAAUGAACACAGUUAUUUUGGAAAAUAUGGAGUCAUUGCAUUUGCUCUCUCCCUUUCUUUGGUCUUCCUCUUGGUGUAUACCUUAUUGAUGGUCAUAUUUAUGCCUAGAAUUCUGGCCAAGAGAAAAGCUGGAUCUAAAUUUGAGAGUCAGUCUUCAGUUUACAAGAAAAAAUCUUCUGAUGUUGGCUCACCGACCUAUAUGAGUGAUAUUGUAGCCUGUGAGUUUGAUAAUGGUAUCGAAGGAAAGAAUCUUGAUUCUCCACUACCACGUGAUCACGAGAAAGGUGACGAACAUCAAGAAACAAAUACUGGACCAGCUAUUUCAAGCUUUAUGAUAAGGCUUUCAGUUGCAGCCACCAAUGAGUCUAUAGGAGACCCGCAAGUGACAGUUUCCAAUGAAGCUCCUAAACCCCCCAAAGGCUAUGUGGCUAUUCCUAUUGCUCCAGAAUUAGAUAUGUCUGAACCAAAGGAUACGGUUGAAGUUUGAGUUGUAUUAUCCAGGACCCAAAGACCUUCCAUUCAUAAGUAAAUGAACAGCUAAAAACUUAAUCAUUUGUGACCUCUUUCAAUUGAUAAAAUUCUGAACUCGUCAAAUUAUCGAAUACAUUCUCUCAAUGACAUCUCUAGUUAAUAAGUCAAAAACUUUUUUUUCAGCCAGUAAUCGCACAUUACAUUUAUGGGUUGUUGACCUAUUUCAGUGCACUCUUCAGUGGACACAAAUAUCACUCUUCAGUCUAUGAAGAUCUAUCAAAACAAAACAUUGGCAAUUGUGGCAAUACAUUUUUUAAUAUAUAGAAUUGUUAUGAAAAGAAUAAAUCUGUCUCCUUCUUAUAGAUUAUUACAGAAUUUUUAAAACAAUUUA